CGUGACAUCCGCUUACCGCCUUCCCUUCUGUUCCUUUCCAUCAGCCCAACGUUAUCCGUGUGCUUGUUCUCUCUUGCGGAGCUAAGGCCAAAUCGGCGACUUGCACUAAUAUUAAAAUUCAUCGAGUCUAAAUAAUUUCAAUUAAGAUAAUAAACAUGUCUACGAAGGCUGAGCUCGCUUGCGUUUAUUCCGCUCUUAUUCUCGUUGACGAUGAAAUCGCCGUAACGGGUGAAAAGAUUCAAACAAUUUUAAAGGCUGCCAACGUGGAUGUAGAAUCCUACUGGCCUGGACUUUUUGCCAAGGCUUUGGAAGGAAUUAACGUAAAAGAUCUCAUCACUAGAAUUGGAUCUGGUGUUGGUGCUGCACCUGCUGGUGCUGGUGUUGCUGCUGCUGCAGCUGCACCCGCUAGUACGGAAGCUGCCCCAGCUAAGGAAGAAAAGAAGAAAGAAGAACCUGAAGAAGAAUCAGACGAGGACAUGGGUUUCGGUUUGUUCGAUUAAACUCAGGGAUCGCAUUAUGUUGGUCCAUUCCUCUUUUAUGUACAGUUAUAUUGUACAGUGAAUAAAACAUUUUAAAAAUUGAAAAUUA